GAUGGCGGAGGUGUCCGUGGUCUGUCGGAACUCUUGAUACUUCGUGAACUACUUCAUCGGCUUGGAUAUGAACGAGGCGGAAAAGAGGUUCGGCCGUGCGAAGAAUUCGACAUGAUAGGUGGGACAGGGACAGGCGGGUGGAUAGCGAUCAUGCUUGGUCGACUUGGGAUGACCACGGAAGAAGCCAUCAGUGCAUACAGUGACGUUGUCACACACGUCUUCUCCAACGGCAAGAAAUGGUCCAAAGAGGGGAUGUACAAAGCCACUGCUCUUGAGAACGCGUUCAAACACGUCUUGAAGUCCAGGCUGGGUGCAUCCAACCUGCGCAUGCGGGAUGAGACGACUGAUAGUCUUCGUUGUCGAACGUUCGUGUGUGCCCAGCUUGAGCAGAACUUCACCGGUGGAAGACCAACUCUCUUUCGCUCAUACCGCCCUCAUACCGCCUCGGUCAAUCCUCUCAUCUGGGAGGCGGCUCGCGCCACCUCCGCUAACCCCUUCUUGUUCAAGCGCAUCGCGAUCACGGACGGUGGUAUCACUGAAGUCUACAUCGAUGGCGGCACAGGAGGUGCUAACAACCCCAUCCAAACCCUCCUCGCCGAAGCUCGAGUUGUCUUCCCGGGUCGAUCCGUUGGCUGUAUCAUCAGUCUCGGUGCUGGUCACCCCAACACGAUCAGCAUCCCCACGACUCAAUUCCUCAAACUCUCGAUUAGACACAGGCUCAAAGUUGCAAAGACUGCCCGUGCAAUUGCAGAGGAUUGCGAGGCUGAGGCGGAAAAGGUGGCCAUUCAGCUCAAGGGUUAUUCAAACAUAUACUUUAGAUUAAGCGUUGAUCAGGGGAUGCAGGGGAUCAAACAAGCGGACGUGGAGAAGCUAAACGCAGUGAUUGCGCAUACUUCACAGUAUAUGAAGAUGGAGACGGUCAUGACAGCGCUGGAAGAGGCAGUGAGGGCGUUGAAG